CUUCCAAUUUUUUUUACCAUAAAUAAGGCUAGAAAGAAAAACCUUGUGUGUACAAGUUGGCAUAUUUAUCUGCUUAUUUCCUUUGGAUAAAUUUCUAGGAGUUUUCAAGGUCAACAGUGUACUUUUUGGUUUAAUUUCACUUUGUCUCUUUUUCUCAUGACAGUAUUUGGUUGAGAAAUCCUUUUUGGUUGAUAAUUUGGGGACAUGUUUAAAUAUAUUUGGUGAACAGUGUAAAAUCACUAGGAUAGGCAUAUAUUGUUUGUAAGUUAACAAUUUACCAUUGUUCUAUAGGUAUUUAAGAGACUUUUUCCCCCUGGGUUUGGGAGCCAAAAGUAUUACCCUGCAAACCUUUAAGUUGUCUUCUCCCAAAGGGUUUGUACAUGUAGGACUUAGACAGUGGAAUUGAGAUAAUUAUAAAAAUUGUUUAAGCUCUGAGUUAAUAAUGUCUUCAGAAUGCAUGGAAAUGAUUAACACAGUUUUCUUUGAUUACUUUUUUUCCAGGUGAUUCAUGGCAGGGGACGUGGAAGGAUUCUGUUCCUCCAUCCAUGACACCAGUGUCUCUGCUGGGUUCAGAGCACUGUAUGAGGAGGGAUUGCUUCUUGAUGUCACUCUGGUUAUUGAAGAUCAUCAGUUCCAGGCCCAUAAAGCACUCUUGGCCACCCAGAGUGAUUACUUCAGAAUUAUGUUUACUGCAGACAUGAGGGAGCGAGAUCAGGACAAAAUUCACUUAAAAGGUCUAACUGCUACAGGUUUCAGCCACGUUCUUCAGUUUAUGUACUAUGGAACUAUAGAGCUGAGUAUGAGUACUGUUCAUGAGAUUCUUCAGGCUGCCAUGUAUGUUCAGCUUAUAGAAGUGGUGAAGUUCUGCUGCUCUUUUCUAUUAGCGAAAAUCUGCUUAGAAAACUGUGCAGAAAUUAUGAGACUCUUAGAUGAUUUCGGUGUUAACAUCGAGGGAGUCAGGGAGAAGUUGGACGCCUUUCUGCUAGAGAACUUUGUUCCACUCAUGUCCAGGCCUGACUUCCUGUCUUAUCUGAGCUUUGAGAAGCUCAUGUCUUACUUGGAUAAUGAUCAUCUGAGCAGGUUCCCAGAGAUAGAGCUGUACGAGGCUGUGCAGUCUUGGCUGCGGCAUGAUAGAAGACGCUGGAGACAUACCGAUACCAUCAUUCAGAACAUCAGGUUUUGUUUGAUGACCCCAUCCAGUGUUUUUGAGAAGGUUAAGACAUCAGAAUUUUAUAGAUACUCCCGACAGCUGCGCUAUGAAGUUGACCAAGCACUGAAUUACUUUCAGAACAUUCACCAGCAGCCUCUGUUGGACAUGAAAUCAAGCCGCAUCCGCUCUGCCAAACCCCAAACUACAGUAUUCCGAGGCAUGAUUGGACAUAGCAUGGUUAACAGUAAAAUACUUCUCUUAAAGAAACCAAGAGUCUGGUGGGAGCUAGAGGGCCCACAAGUACCUCUGCGCCCGGACUGCCUUGCUAUCGUCAAUAACUUUGUGUUCUUGUUGGGCGGGGAAGAACUGGGCCCAGAUGGUGAAUUUCACGCUUCUUCCAAAGUGUUCAGGUAUGAUCCGAGACAAAACUCUUGGCUCCGGAUGGCAGACAUGUCUGUACCACGUUCAGAAUUUGCAGUUGGUGUUAUAGGGAAGUUUAUUUACGCUGUAGCAGGCAGAACCAGAGAUGAGACUUUCUAUUCAACAGAGAGAUAUGACAUCACCAAUGAUAAAUGGGAAUUUGUGGAUCCUUAUCCAGUUAACAAAUAUGGACAUGAGGGGACAGUGCUCAAUAACAAGUUGUUUAUCACUGGUGGAAUCACUUCAUCUUCCACCUCCAAGCAAGUGUGCGUGUUUGACCCUAGUAAAGAAGGGACCAUAGAACAGCGGACCAGGAGAACUCAAGUAGUUACCAACUGUUGGGAGAAUAAGAGCAAAAUGAAUUACGCCAGAUGCUUUCACAAGAUGAUUUCUUACAACGGCAAGCUUUAUGUCUUCGGUGGUGUCUGUGUGAUCUUGAGGGCCUCUUUUGAGUCUCAGGGAUGCCCCUCCACAGAAGUGUACAACCCAGAGACUGAUCAGUGGACCAUCUUGGCAUCCAUGCCAAUUGGUAGAAGUGGCCAUGGUGUGACUGUGCUGGACAAACAAAUAAUGGUUCUUGGAGGCCUUUGCUACAACGGUCAUUACAGCGAUUCCAUUCUCACUUUUGAUCCGGAUGAAAACAAAUGGAAGGAAGAUGAGUACCCGCGGAUGCCCUGCAAGCUGGAUGGUUUACAAGUAUGCAACCUGCAUUUUCCAGAAUAUAUACUGGACGAGGUCAGACGUUGCAACUAAUGACAUCUUGCUUCUUUAAAAAAGCCAAACAAAAAAUUUGUUUGCAACAAAGUGGUUAGUUAAGAAACAUGAAGAAAAACCUCACCAGUUUUACUAUCAAAGCCAUUGGUCUAAUAUCAUAAAAAUCUUUUCAUUCUGUGCUAGCAUCCUUUUUUUUCUUUUUAUUGGCCUCAAAUUCACGCAAUAAGUUAAUUCUAAGCGCUAGCUCUUGAAACUACUUCCAGAAGCAGUUUAGUAGAACGAUCCACUUAUCUGGGAAGUUGAUUUUCUGCUUUAAACAUUUCUUUCAAAUGUCAGUGUAGGAGUCAUGCAUCUUCUAAGAGAAGACCUGAUAAGUGUCACUGGGUGUAAUUUCAGUUCCUAUCUCUAUCUGAAAUCUUUUUGAACACUUACUUCAGUGUAUUUCAGUCUGUUAGACUUUUUGGUUUUAUUAUUUAAGUUUAAAACUCUUGACCUUUUUGCAUGGCUUUUUGCUGAAAAUGCAAAAAUAUAAAUUUUCUACAAAAUUAACUUUUUUAUAUUCAAAACACUAUUUCUAAGCUGCCUUCUCUUACCUGCAUUGUGUUAGUGAAAGCAUAUCCAUACUUGCAUACAUCUUACGAAUAUAUAAGGCACAUCUUCUUUUAUGCGUGGUAGGAUUCUGUAUUUUUAAGCUAGUGCACUUGCACACACGGUUUGCCAUACUUGUUGAAUUUUAGAUGUAACGUCUUUUCAUGUAUUAACAUUUUUAGAAAGUUAAAAUAACUGGAGUCCUCAUUUGGAUCAGCGUAGCCUGUCUUCUGUCCAUACUGAUUCAGUAAUAUGCGAACUCCUUAUAUUCCUGAAGCAUGUAUGGAUUUAUGAAAACUAACAUUUUAUGUUUUAUUUUCAAAAGUAAACGUUAGUGUUCCUUAUCGAUGUAUGUCUUCUUUUUGAAAAUGUUUUUCUUUGCAGUUUGUUAAUGUUACCGUUUUUAGUGAGAAUCGGAGUGGUAUAUGACAAGCCCUGGCCCUGCAGCGUGCAAGCACUUUUAAAGAGAAUUUAGGUAAUACCAGACUCCUAAAUAAAGGCCCCUUAAAAGUAAGUGCAACUCCCGUUUUUUACAUUCAAUAAGGCUGCUGCAUCUGUUAUUGAAUGGAAAGUAGCAACUUGUGGAAAAUUUGAGCUCAGUUUUGACUUAGAGGUAAAGAAUAGAAUUAUAAUCUUACUGGUCAUAUCUACUUGUUUAUUUAGUACAAAGUAUUUAGCGGCACUGGGGAUGUAAGCCCUCAGCUUUUGUUUUAUUUACUGAAAGCUACUAGCAUGAAGGAUAGUAACCUCAAAGUUCAGAAUGGAUCAAGAAUAACUGUUUAAAAGCGUUUAUAAUAAGUGUUCUAGGAUUAGCCGCACCUUUCAACUCUGUAAACUAGAAGGAAAAACAUGUAAUAGUUGUCAAAAUUAAGCAAGAAGACCAGGGGGUGGAUCAUUCAGAUUGAUGCCAUUUUCUCCUGAGUAGAGUCUAUAUCUGAUACAGACUAGAUCUACACUGGCAAAACUUGCCAGAUCUUAGGAUAUUGGUGCAAUAUUGCAAUGCCUUCUAUAUGGCUGUUGUAUAAAUUUUCUAGUUUCACCUUUUUUUUUUUUUUUUUUUUUUUUUUUUUUGCUGCUGCCACCACUGAACAUAAAAUGGAAGACUGAAGUCAUGGAAAUGUGAAGACUUGUUUUGUUUUUGCAAUUAAAAUAGACAACUUUGAAAAAAAAUCUGAUUUUUAGAACUCCACAACUGGAGGCAUAUAAGUUUAACAAACAGUCAGGUACAUAAGUAGUUUUUUAAAAAGCAAAAUAUUGGGAUUGGUUUUAGAAAUCAACUGAAUAAUAUUCUUUUGAGACUUAAAUUUUUAUUAAGUGGUCCUACAAUUUACUUUCAGUUCCUAAAAGUGAAAUUCGGUAUCUUGUUUCCCAUAGUAAUAUGGGUAAAAGUCUUUUUCUACAUCUUAAAAAUCAUUGUUAGUCAUUUUACUUUUGAAAACUAGGAAUUAGGUUAGCCAUUUAAUUCUUUUUCUCAUAUAUUAGUUGGCUUAGCAUUUUACAUGUGUGUUAUCUUGCUUUAAAGAAAAUAAUAACAUCUUCAUUAUUUUCCUCAUUGUUGUCUUUUGCUGGGAAAGACCGAGACACAGGGUACCCUUAUCAGGCUUUUACACUCCAGUGGUGGGUUCUUUUUGAUUGCUUAGAUAAGACUUCGUAGACCUAGUUAAGGUAGAUCUGAGCAAACAAUUGAAUAUUCUUGGUCUUCCAUUGUAAAAACACAAGGCCAAGGUCAAAGUUCAUGUUUUGGGAAAUUUGUGAAAUCUUAACUUGAACUAACUCUGGGUUCAGCUUCACACAUAAGUCAUGUCUGACCUGAUGUUAGCUGUAAUCAGUUUUGAGCUUUAAGAAUAGUUGUUAUUGCUUGGGUUCUGAAUGUAAGAGAAAAAACUCUUCUGUUUAUAUGUAGUGCUAAUUUAGGUUAUUUUAAAUCCAUGAUUAACAUACAUUCCCUUUUAAAAUUAUGGUUUAAUUGCUGAAAGAGAUUUAUUUUUGUUAUACUAAACUAUGGAAAUUUUUUUCAUAGAAUUUUUUCAAGUUUAUUUUUUGUGUGCUUCAUUUGGAACCAUUUUUGUUGGUAUACGUUGUAUGUGCUCAAAGUAAGUUUUAAUUCAGUGAGAGAUUUAAAACUAUACAGUGUAACUCUUGUGAUCUUUGUGUGUUAAUUUUCACUUUACAUUUUAAAUGCCAGACUUUACAAAAAUAGCUGAUCUUUAUUAACUGCAUCUUAAUUAGAAACGUUUGUUCUCUUUCAUGUCUUUGACCUUCUAAGAUUUGAUUUUAAUCUGCUUAAAGAAAAUCCUUGCACUACAACCUUUUCAUAAAAUUCAAGAUUCUCACAUUGAAGGUUUUGUAUUGGAGGAAAUACUACUGGUUUUUAAAAAGCAAAGCUUAAUUAAUAGAAUUAUUAGCUUUUCUUGAGACAGCUUUCUCUGUGUCCUCAUUACUUUGUUCUGUGUGAGUGUUCCUGUAAUUUGUGAAAUAUUGACUGAGCCCUUCACUUAUCUUUUCUAAAGCAGCACCUUUGGACACCUCAUUCUGGGAAGCCUGCUCGAGUCAUAGUAAAGGACACACACAUUUGUGUGGGGAGAAGUGGUAAAAAUGGAGAGUUUUGUCUUAAUUACAUGAAACUAAGCUUUAAAAUAUUUUAUAACAAAUUAUUUGAGCUGCAUAAUCUAAACAUGUCAAACGUUCAGUGGGACUAUUUUUAUAUAUGUAUAUGUGGUUGUAGGUCAUAACAUUUCAGUUUAUAAUAUAAAUUGUUAUUUCAGUUUAUAAGCUAUCUCAGAAAAGACUAGCUCUUUUGAGAAUACAUAAUUUAAAGUUUCAGACUGAAGUAAAACACAACAUAGACAAUAGUGUAAAUUAGAUAUAAAUGAGGGCUAUAUGGCAGUAACUGCUAGUGCCAUUUUUCUUGUUUGCCUAUUACACAUUUUUGAUUUUUCUUUUUGUACUUCGACCAUUUUUAGGGAUCAUACGUUCUAUCAGAUUAGGUUUGGUUUGGGAAUAAAUAUCUUCUAAAAAGAGAUUUAUCUUAAAAAUAAAAGUUCUGAAAAAUUAGUUUAUCAAGAAUUUAUAAAGUCAAAUAUUCAAUAGACAUAGACUGGAAUAGAUAAACUCAUGAAAGUUAUAUCCUUUCAGUAUACCAGUAUAACUCUAAUAUUACACAAGUAACAUUGAGAGAAUGCCAUCAGCUUUGUUUGUUCCCCCUUAAUUUUCUUGGAUUUUCUUUUUACAUCUUUGGGAACAACUACAUUAAAAACUUUAUUAAUCAGUAUAUCAGUAAGGAGUAGGUGUUUGCUUUCUGAAGGAAUGUUCCAGUGAGGUGAUCAGAGAGGUUAUUUUCUACCUAACUUGUAUAUGCCCUGUACGCCUUGGGCAUACUUUGUCUAUAGAAAAAUAUUUUGACCUUUAGGUACAUUUUGGGCCAGUAGUCAAAUAAUCCUAGGGCCGAUUUAAAAAGUCUUAGAAUAAUUUAAGGUUUGCCUUUUAUACCUGUUUUGAAAGCCUUUACAUUUUUGUCAGGUAAUUUUUCCCAAGCCGUGAAUAUAAUCUAUUCAAAACAUGUUUAUGCUAUCCAUUCUGUUUUUAAAUUGAAAAAAAAAUGUUAAAAGUGUUUAUGAAGAAAAGUUUAAAUAAAAUAUUUUUAAUCUUUAAAAUAUA